UAGGGAAGUAAGGAAAGUUAAGUUUCUAAUUUUUGUUAAUUUUUGUGCUCAUACUUUAAAAAAAAACAUAUUUUAGGUGUCCUGCUAGUACAGGGUUUCAUUUCUCUCUCAGAAUCUUUUUUUAAAUGGAUGUUUAUUGAAAGCGUUGUGGUAAAGGUAUUCAGGAUCCCACCACCGUUAAAUCUACGUUUAGCCUUCUCUCUCCAUCUUUCUCCCAUCAUUAUAUGUUCGUGAGCUCUCUUCCCUCUCCUAUUAUCAGCUGCGGGACUCCCCCUUUCACUUCCUCCCCUCCCCCGACCUGCUCGAAGUAAAACGACCGUCCCUAGUGCUCUAACUUUCUUUGCCUCUGCAUCUCCUAAAGUCAUAGGAUGGCAGCAUUUCUGAAAUCCCUUCGGAAUCUGAAGAAUGAGAUCGUUCUAUUCUCUACCCCGUUACUUCUUCUCCCGCUUCCUUUAGUCAUUGGAACAAAGGAGGCAGCAUGUGCCUAUGUGAUCAUCCUGAUGGCAGUGUACUGGUGUACAGAGGCCUUACCUCUGGCUGUCACUGCCCUGCUCCCUGCUGUCCUCUUCCCCAUGUUUGGCAUCAUGCAGUCCAAAGAUGUGUGUAUGCAGUACCUGAAGGACACCAACAUGUUGUUUGUGGGAGGACUGAUGGUGGCGGUGGCAGUGGAGCACUGGAACCUGCACAAACGCAUUGCCCUUCGAGUGCUGCUCUUUGUAGGGGUGCGCCCCGCUCUUCUGAUGCUGGGCUUCAUGGGGGUGACAGCCUUCCUGUCCAUGUGGAUCAGUAACACAGCCACCACAGCCAUGAUGGUGCCCAUCGUCCAGGCUGUUCUCGAGCAGCUCAACAACUACACAGAGACUGAGAUGCCUGUGAUCCUCAGCACUGAGGAGGACAUCCAGCCUCAGGAACCCACUGACAGCAAACAGACGGAGAAACAGGCAGAGGGACAUGUUGUGGUGACCUGUUUAGACCCGUUUGUGGAGGCUAUCCGGCGUAAGGAGGCUGCAGACAAGAAGAAGAUGUGUAAGGGCAUGACGCUGUGUGUGUGCUACGCUGCCAGCAUCGGGGGCACUGCCACCCUCACAGGGACUGGGCCCAACCUGGUGCUCAAGGGACAGAUGAACCAGCUGUUUCCUAACAAUGGCGAUGUCAUCAAUUUUGCGUCCUGGUUCGGCUUUGCUUUCCCCAACAUGAUCCUGAUGCUGACCCUGGCUUGGCUCUGGCUGCAGUUUGUCUUCAUGGGAUUCAAUUUUAAGAAGACGUGGGGCUGUGGGGCAGUAAAGACAGAGAAAGAGAUAGCUGUGUACAAUGUGAUCAAGGAGCAGCAUCGUCAGCUGGGCUCCAUGUCUUUUGGAGAGCUGAGUGUGUUGGGUCUCUUCAGUUGUCUGGUGGUUCUGUGGUUCACCAGAGAUCCUGGCUUUGUGGCAGGCUGGGCCACAUACAUCUUCAAUGCUGACGCAGAGUAUGUAACUGAUGCCACAGUGGCAGUGUUCAUCGCUGUCCUUCUCUUCGUCCUGCCUUCCAAGCCCCCACGCUUCUGUUGCAGGAGGUCCCAAAGCUUUGACACUGAGCAUCAACACCCAGCUGGCCCCACACCAGCUCUGCUGACCUGGAAGGUGGCCCAGAAGAAGUUACCCUGGAGCAUCGUUCUCCUCUUGGGGGGAGGGUUCGCCCUGGCCAAGGGCAGCGAGGAGUCAGGUCUGUCUAUGUGGAUGGGGGACCAGAUGACUCCCCUCCACACCAUCCCACCCUGGGCCAUCGCUGUCAUCCUGUGUCUGCUGAUCGCCAUCUUCACAGAGUGCACCAGUAAUGUGGCCACUGCUACUCUCUUCCUACCUGUCCUCGCCUCAAUGUCCCAGUCCAUUGGAAUGAAUCCUCUGUACGUCAUGGUGCCUUGUACUCUCAGUGCUUCCUUUGCCUUCAUGCUACCUGUGGCCACACCGCCCAAUGCUAUCGUCUUCUCAUACGGCUACCUCAAGGUUUCUGACAUGGCUAGGACAGGUAUAGUGAUGAACAUCAUUGGCAUCCUGUGCAUCACUCUGGCCAUCAACAGCUGGGGCAGGGCCAUGUUCCACCUAGACACCUUCCCUACUUGGGCCAACACUACUGGGGUUUGAGGGCACCGAGGGGCCACGGUCCACACCAUGAGGAAUGCACAUAGAGGGCCCUUAAUGUGCCAUGGACCUCUGGUGAGAAAGGCAACAACGUGACUGGUCGUGAUAGGUUGUUGGGAGAAAAGCCACAUGGCUUCCAUUACAAAGGACACUUGAAUAACCCUGUGGAAAGAGAGGAUGGAUGGAUGGAUGGAUGGAUGGAUGGAUGGAUGGAUGGAU